AUGACGUGCCAUCCGCACUCGCCUUCUUUUGCCUCCGUCGCCGUAGCACGCCGAAGCCAUGGCCUCCUUCCUCACCACCGCCUCAUUUGUCUCGCUGUCUCCGCCCUCGCCCUCUCCAAGCUCCGUCGGUUCUACGACGCCGCCGCCGCCGCCGCCAAGAUCGACUCCCUCGACGCCCCUCUGGAUUCCCCUCGCUUCCGCUUCCAGUCAUCCGUCACCGUCGACCGCCUCUACGCCCUUUACGACCUCGUUCAAUCCGAGAUCUGGGAGGAGAUCACUACCGCAUCUACAGAUCUAUGGCGCCGCAGGGAGGCGUUCGUGAUAGCUGUCCUCUGCGGCGACCGCUUCGUCCACCGGGAGUUCGAGGCGGCUCUCGCGCUGGUUCGGCUGCAGGAUCCAUCGAACCCUUCGCUCCUCUCCCGACUCGGUUAUGUCCAACUCCAGAUCGGUGACCUGACUGGCGCUAAGGCGCCAUUUUCGAUGUUGGAAAGCCUUCACCACCAAUCUCGGGGGAGCGGACAUUGGAAUUGGAAAGCUUGUGGGGAGGAACAGGGCACCGGCGUCCAUCGCUGCCCAGGAUAG